CAUGAUCGGCCGCUCGCUCCGCGCCGCAGGGCCCGUGAGGAGGCGUACGAGCGCGUGCUGGCCGGCUGCGAGGCACGACACCUGCGGAUGGUGAAGGAGACGCAGCGACUGCGCUCUCUGCUGGGCUCCGUGCUGCGCGCGCUGGUGGCCGCCUCCCAGCAGGUGGCCUGUGAGGACGGCUGCACCCUGUGCGGGGACCCGCACGUGCUGAACGCUCUGGAGCUCGGCCUGCCGUACGACCCGCUGAGUGAGACCGUCGACAGUCUGGUGUCCUGUCAGCUGAGCAAGCUGACCCGGCUCUCAGAAGUACGAGAGUCGUCUGGGGUGACGGUCGGCGCCGACUCACCGCGGCGGGACGCUCAGGAGCUGCGCCAGCGCCUGGAGCAGGCAGAGAGGAUGGUGCAGGAGCAGCGGCUCCUGAUCGAGGCCAGCACAGGCGGGGACACCUGCGACGACUCGUUCCAGCGGAACGCCUUCUUCGUGGAGGAGCGCGACGAGCUGGCGAUGCGCGAGCAGAUGCUGUCCGACCAGCGGCAGGCGCUGGCCCGGGAGCGCGAUAUGUACACAGAGGCCGUGCUGCGGCUGGGGCGAGAGAGGAUGGCGUUCGAGGCCGAGCGCGCCGAGCUGAAGAAGCGCCAGUUCCUGGCCAGCUCGCCGCUGCUGUCGCGGCGGCCGGCGUCGGCGCGCGCCUCGCCCCUACCCGCCACCAAGGUGGAGCCGCCGUCACCGACUCGCCGGCCGAGCUCGGGCCGCGACCACCUGCUGCUCACGGCGCCGGCACUGCGGGCCAGCGCCGAGCAGCUGCUCUCGCCCGGUGACGUCACCAGGCCGCGUCUGACGUCACCGGUGGGCCGCGGCGCCGGCGGCCAGCGCAGGAGUCCCUCGACGUCCCAGCGGAGCACCCCCGUCCAGCGCUUCCCCGCCAGCUCGGAGCCGCGUCUCUCGGGGCCGCGCCUAUCUGAGCUCGGACUGCCGUCCAGCUUGUACAAACCGGAGCCGGGAGCGACGGCCACCGAGCCAACCGACAGGAUGGUCGACGACGACCACUGCGAGCCAUAGUGAGGUCGGCGCUGAUGCUGAGUGACAAAGCUGACAGUGAGCUGACGCGGUCCGGGCGUGGGCAGUCCCCAGCGGAGAUCAGCGGGACGCCGCGCCGCCGACAGGUGACGGCGGACGACCGCACGGGAUCGGAGUCUCAUCUCCCGACCGCGGGAGAUGUGAACGGGGGCCGAGCGAGCUCGUAUCAGCACAGUGCCCGGGCGGCCUGCCGACCAUGACGCCGAGCGAACCCAGUCCGUCUCCUACCGAACUCAGCCCGUCUGCUGCCGAACUCAGCCCGUCUUCUACCGAUCUCCACCGAUCUCUACCACAUCUACCGAUCUCAGCCCGUCUACUGCCGAACUCAGCCCGUCUCCUGCCGAACCCAGCCCGUCUCCUACCGAUCUCAGCCCGUCUCCAAUGGAUCUCAGCCCAUCUACCGAUCUCCACUGAUCUCUACCGCAUCAAUCGAUCUCUACUGAUUGCUGAUGAUGUCUACUGAUGUCAACCGACUCCGAAUGGUUUAUCGAUUUCCAUUAGCCGACCCCGAGCGAUCUCAAGUAGCACGCCAUUCCGCAAACCGUCCAAACUCUGGAGUGAUUAGCAGCACCUGUGGUGCAUCACUCCUUGCUUUUGUGAUCCAUUUAUCGAGUCUCAUGUGCACCAAAAGAGAAUUUAUUUUUGUGAAGAAUGUUCUGUUGUUAAUGCAAGAUUAUCAACGAUAAUCACAAAACGGGUCCUGUAUGUUCCAGUGUCAUUAUGAAGAGUUGUACACUCAAGGUGGCAUGUAACCUGUUUUAAAUUGUCUUGUUGAUAAAUAAAGUGCUUAUUAUGUU